GCAUACCUCUGGGUGAGGCAGUCGCUGAGGCCAACCGACGGCCGGCACCGAAACAAAUCGAGCCUCAGCACCCGUCGAAGGACAAGGAAGAUGAUCGCGGCUGGUUUCUCCAACAGCAGGCCCAGUCGGUGCAGCUCAGAUCUUUGCAGCUGAAUGAACGCGCGAUCAGCCUUUGCGAGCGUGCGCGCACCGCCCAAGCGGCAGCCCCCAGGAGGUUUUCGCGCGAAAGCCUGGGCCGCGACUCUGCCGUUGCUAACAUGGCGGCGGCUGAAUACAAGGGUCCCGUUCAGCGCCUGCGGAAAUCUCUCUUCGCCAAGCUUUGUGCGGAGAAGGCCCAGCUGCCGCGAAAGCCCGUCAAGCGGACGGAUCAUCUCGCUUUGGAUAGGGGUGCUUUGGAUCUGACUGGCGAAGUGCGCCCGUCGGAGAUCGACACCCCCACCUUCGGCAACCGCAGCUCCUUUGGUGUGGCUGUGGCGUCCUCCGGUUCAGUCGACAGCGUCGACGGGGCUGCUGCCAGCGGGGAAGACGAGCGAUUGCUGAUGCCGCCACCGUCCAUUGUGCCAGACAAGAAACGAGGAGGCAGCGCAGCGGCGGCAUCGGGCGGCAGUCUGGCCGCAGGCAGCGCAGGCGGACUCUUUGGCAUGAGCGGUCUCUUCUCAUCCGCCGGAGAGGCGCCUCCUGCAGAUGGGGCUGCUGGGGGCCUUCUCGGCAGCUCUUUGGGAUCCUCACUGUUCAGCGCGGGUGUCGCGCCGGCGGCAGGGGUCGAAGGAGGCAAAGCCACUGCCGAAGCCGCUGCUGGGGCAACCGCAGGUGCACCAGCCGAGAUUCGCGAGGCGUACAGGGAGCGGAUGAUCAAGAUCUAUCAGCAGCACAAUCCCAGCAAGCUGAAUGAGAUUGACACGCUCAUGGCCAAGUAUCUAGGCAACGAGCACACGAUGUACCUGAAGAUCUGCAACAAGUACAAAGUCCAGCCAGAGCCAGAGAUCAAGCCUGCGGCAGCCGCAGGCCUCACGUCUGCCUCGGCUGCUCCGGCAGCCUCCGCCGCCAGCUCCGGCGGUGGCCUCUUCGGCAGCGCAGGUGGGAUGAGCAGUGGGGCGUCUCUCUUCGGAGCGCCGUCGUCUGGAGGUGCUUCGAGCCUAGCUGCCUCGUCCGGCGGACUCUUUGGCGCGCCGUCGGCAGCCCCCGCAACCGGACCUGUUGAUGUGAAGCAGGCGUAUCGCGAGCGGAUGAUCAAGAUCUACCAGCAGCACAACCCGAGCAAAGUGAACGAGAUCGACACUCUGAUGGGCAAGUACGUCGGCCAGGAGCACACCAUGUACCUAAAGAUUUGCAAGAAGUACAACGUGCAACCCGAGCCGGAGAUCUCCCAGAAUGCUGGCGCGCUAUCUGCCGGCCUCGGGAACACGGGAGGCGGCCUGUUUGGCGGCGGUGGAGCUGCGCCUUUCGCCGCGGCAAGUUCAGGGCUCUUCGGAGGCGGCGUUUCCUCGACCUUCGGUGCGCCGCAAACAUCAGGAGGAGGUCUCUUUGGCGGUGGUGCUGCAGCUUCUCCCUUCGGCGCAAGCUCAGGAGGCGGGCUGUUCGGCGGCGGCGCUUCGGCAUCUCCCUUUGGUGGUGCCGCCUCAGGAGGAGGGCUGUUCGGCGGCGGCGCUUCGGCAUCUCCCUUUGGCGGU